AUGGAGGUUGAUUCAAUUAGUGGUGACAAUCCUUUAGUAAAUGAGGGUGAAGAAGUUGAAGAACCUAAGAAGGGUAUGUGUGUUAGCUCAAGGAAAGAAGUGUACACAUUUUAUGGCAAAUAUGCUAAUCAUAUUGGAUUUUCUAUAGCUCAUAGAGCACAACAUUUUGGAGAUGAUGGGCAAUUAAAAUACUUUGCAAUUAAAUGUUCUCGAGUGGGGGAGAGAAAAAAGAAAUCAAAAGUGAACCAUCUAAAGCCAUCUUUGUCCACAAAAAUUGGUUACAAAGCAAAGAGAAGAUUAGAAAUUAAUGAUCAAGCAGGGAUUGGAGUGUCUAGGAACAAUCAUUCAAUGGUUGUUGAAGCGGGGGGAUACAAGUCAUUGACAUUUGAUGAGCGAGAUGUAAAGAAUUACAUUGAGAGAGCAAGAAGAUUAAGGCUUGGGGAAGGAGAUGCCGAAUCACUUCAAAAUUAUUUUAUGAAGAUACAAGCACAUAGUGAGAGAUUCUUUUAUAUGAUUGAUGUGACUUAUGAAGCAUUUGGAGAUGUUGUUUCAUUUGACACAACUUAUCUCACGAACAAAUAUGAUAUGCCAUUUGCUCCAUUUGCAGAAAGUAAUCACCAUGGACAGUUCAUUUUGCUUGGUUGUGGAUUGUUAUCUAGUGAAGACACUAACACAUUUGUUUGGAUAUUCAAGUCGUGGUUAAGUUGCAUGUCAGAUCAUCCUCCAUAA